GCGUGUGUUGGCAUUACAAAGGAGGGAGAUGACCAGGCAUCCACACACUGAGAUGGUGAGGUGAACGAAGCCGAGGCCGAGGCGGAGGCUCAGACGAAGGGGUGAUGUCACCUCCGAGAGGCAGCCAAUGAGGGGGAGGGGGCGAGCGCGGCCAAAGGAGGGUGUGUUUUUCUAUCACUGCAGCAUCAGCACAGCACCGAGCUGCGCACAGUAACCACGCAGCCCGGACCACACCAGACGAGGCGGCAACUCAUCUGUUCGGGGACCCGUGAGAGGAAAGAAGCAUCUGUGCACAGUGUGGCAAAAUUUGACUUUGUCGAGAGACACCUCCGACCAUUACAGGACAACUUCUUAGAAUACGCUUGAAAAGGGUGGACAUCUCAUCGUACCUCAGCAGCUUUCAAGAAAGAAGACCAGCGGGAGGGCACGAGGGGCUCAACGACAAGCCAAACGACGAGUCCUCCACUUGUGUGUGCGUGCGCACGCGUGUGUGUGUGUGAGGACUUGGAUGGGCCAGUGAGCCAUGGGUCACGUACAGCGACAGCAGGUUGGCAGUAGGGGGCGGCGCUUGGGCCUCCUCCUCCUCAUCCUCCCCAUCUUCCUCUCCCUCCUCCAGCCCAGCCAAGCAACCAUACACAUUCCCUCCAACUACCACAUCAGUGAAAUCAAGAGGCCUCCUGUUAUCGUCACACAACCCGAGUCCGUCACCGUCUUCAGCGUGGAAGAUCUCGUCAUGACCUGCGAAGCCUCGGGAAACCCGCCGCCCAUUUUUCGAUGGACGAAGGACGGAAAGGAGUUUGACCCAGGCACUGACCCGGAGCUGAAGGUGACGGAGCGCUUGGGUUCAUUCGCCUUCUACACCCUCAGCAACACAGUGGACUCCCUGAAGCAGUACCAGGGCAAAUACGUGUGCUACGCAUCCAACGAGCUCGGCACGGCCGUCUCCAAUGAGGCCACACUCAACACUGACGCCCCGCCGUCCCAACAGAAAGAGAAAAAAGUACAUUUGAAGUCUGAAGAGGGAAGCAGUAUUGUUCUGAAGUGCAACCCCCCACAGAGCUCCAUGGAGCCCAUCAUUCACUGGAUGGAUUGGAAGCUCCGUCACAUCCAACUGAGUGAGCGGGUGGUGGUGGGCAAGGAUGGCAAUCUGUACUUUGCCCACCUGAAAACCACGGACAGCAGGGACGACUACACCUGCAAUGUCCAAUAUCUGGCAACUCGCACCAUUCUGGCAAAGGAACCUGUCACUCUGACCGUCAACCCGACCAACUCAGUCCUGCGGAACAGAAGGCCCCACAUGAUGAGACCUACUGGAAGCCACAGCACUUACGAUGCACUCAGGGGCCAGACCAUCGAGCUCGAGUGCAUCGUCCAAGGCUAUCCGACUCCAAAAGUAUUGUGGGUUAGGAAAGACGGCGAGCUGUCCGAAUUACGGACUGCCAAAGAAAUGUUUGACCGCCGUCUGCGCUUCACCAACAUCUCAGAAAGUGAUGCUGGCGAGUAUCAGUGUCUUGCUGAGAAUUCCCAAGGGAAGGCCCUACACUCUUACACUGUGGCAGUGGAAGCUGCUCCCUACUGGACCAAAGAACCGGUCAGUAUGUUAUACGCUCCCGGUGAGAAUGUCAGACUUGACUGCCAGGCAGAGGGCAUCCCUACUCCGGUCAUCGCUUGGACCAUCAAUGGGAUCCCUCUCUCAUCAACUGACAAAGACCCCAGACGCACUCUGACGCCGAGCGGCUCUCUUAUCCUAAAAGAUGUGAAUUUUGGAGAUACGGCCAUCUACCAGUGCAAGGCCUUCAACAAGCACGGAGCCAUCCUCUCAAACACCAACGUUUAUAUCAUUGAGCUGCCUCCACAGAUCCUAACUGAGGAUGGCAACACUUACACAGUGACUGAAGGCCAGAAAGUCUUGCUGGAGUGUGACAGCUUUGGAUCUCCGAAACCAAAAGUCUCAUGGCACAGUGGCAGUGCCUCUUCCCUUUUGGCUGAUUCCAGAAUUAACCCUCUUACCACUGGAGGUCUAGAAAUCUUCAAUGUCACCCAUGACGAUGAAGGCUUCUACACGUGCUCUGUGCAGAACACCAACCUGUCCAUCAGUGCAGAACUGGAGGUGCUCAACAGAACAAUGAUCCUGUCACCUCCGCAGGCUCUGAAGGUGCAGCCUGGACAGACUGCCAUCUUCACCUGUCUCUCUCUUGUGGAUCCCAAACUGGCCUCUCCACUUACUCAGUGGAGGAAGAACGACCACAAGCUGUUUUCAUCUGGCAACGAUCUGAAAUACACAUUUGAAGGACCGGACUUGAUUAUCUCUGAUGCCAAACCUGAAGAUGAAGGAAACUACACGUGCCAAGUUAUCACAAAUCUGGACAUGGCUGAAGCAACUGGCACACUUACUCUACAUGAUCGUCCGGACCCUCCUGCUCUUCUGCAGCUGUCACAAGCUAAAAGGCGCGCAGUCACCCUCAGUUGGACUCCUGGAGAUGAACACAACAGCCCUGUGAUAGAGUAUGUGAUUGAAUUUGAGGAUCAGGUUUCAAAUGAGCGAGGUUGGGAAGAGUUGAGCAGAGUUUCAGGGAACAAGGACCGCGCCAGUCUCUCUCUGUGGCCCUACAUGUCGUACCGUUUCCGUGUCAUUGCCAUCAACGAGGUGGGCAAGAGUGCUCCGAGCAAUCCGACUGAGAUCCACAAUACAGCUGCUGAAGCACCAGACAAUAACCCUGAAGAUGUCAGAAGUGAGUCCACCGACCCGGAUACACUUGUCAUCACCUGGGAGGAAAUGGACAAACGAGACUUUAAUGGACCUGACUUCAAGUACCGCGUCCUGUGGAGGCGUGUGGUGGGCAGCGGGCCCGACUGGCAUCCCAACUACACAACGGCGCCGCCGUUAGUUGUCAGUAAGAUCGGCAACUUCUCUGCGUUCGAGAUCAAAGUGCAGGCUGUCAAUGAACAGGGGGAAGGACCUGAGCCAGAUCCUGUCAUUGGCUACUCAGGCGAGAAUUUUCCACUGGAGGCCCCCAUGAAUGUGGGCAUUGUCAUCAUGAACAGCACUACCAUCAGGGUGACCUGGGCUGCAAUAGACAGAGAGACGGUCAGAGGACAUCUGCUUGGCUACAAGAUUCACUUGACUAGGUUUGGUCCCCGCGGUCACCACAGAGCUCGAAGGGCAAGGGAGCCAGUAACCACUGUUGUUGUUGAGACUGGAGCCAAUGAGGAGAGGAAGGUGAUUGCCGAUCUCCAACCGUACUCCCACUACGCCUUGUCUGUCAGCGUGUUCAACAGCAAAGGAGAUGGGCCGGCAUCGGAAAUGGUGUCCUUCGAGACUGAUGAGGGAGUUCCGCAUCCACCAACAUCUUUGGCGUUAGACAGUCCAUCUGAGACGGAAAUGACGCUGCGAUGGACACCGCCGAGUCAGCCCAAUGGGAUUCUUAUUGGGUACCACGUGCAGUACCAACAAAUCGUGGAGAAUGACGACAGCCCAAUGCAGGUGGUGCAAAUCGAUGACGCCACAAUCAGCCACCUCACCCUGAAGGGCCUGGAUCGCCAUAGCCACUACCGCUUCUACUUGAGGGGGCGCACUGCCGCUGGAGAUGGAGAGCCCAUAAUGAGGGAAGGUGCCACCACUCUGGAUGGAGUGCCUCCUGUCAACAUCAGCGUGUCUCCUGGAGAGAAUUUUGUUAAUAUAAGCUGGCUGGCCAAGAAGAGGCACAGAAAUGUUCGAUUCCAGAUCCAAUAUUUCAAGGAGAACGAUGCUAAUAAAUGGAAGAAGACAGAGAGGGUGGACUCCUCCCAGUCCUUCUACCAGCUGCAGGGUCUCAGACCCGGUGCCCAUUACCAUCUGCACUUCAUCCACAGCAACGUUACGUUCUUUCAGACAGAGAUUGACACAGAGGGAACAGGAGUGACUGAGAUGCAGCCCGGCAUUGCGACCCAGGGAUGGUUCAUUGGCCUGGUCAGCGCCAUCGUGCUGCUUCUGCUCAUACUGCUCAUCCUCUGCUUUGUCCAGAGGAACAAAGGGGGAAAGUAUUCAGUGAAAGACAAAGAAGAAGGCCCAAUGGACUCAGAAGCCCGGCCUAUGAAGGACGAGACCUUUGGAGAGUACAGAUCUCUUGAAAGUGACAUGGAGGAGAAGCGCACUGCCAGCCAGCCAUCACUGUGCGAGGAGAGCAAGCUGUGCAGCGAGGACAACCUGAACUUCAACGGCAGCAGCGCGUUGACCACCGAAAUCAACCUGGAUGAGUCUCUGGCCAGCCAGUUCAGUCGGCCCAGCGAGGGCCCAGAGGUGCCGGAUAACUCCCCGCUUAACCCCACCACCGUUUCCUCCGCCACCAAUGGCCUGCCCAACCAAGUCACCAUCCUCGAUUAACCUCCAUGCAUCCGCGGAGGACCGUCUGACCAAAACAUGUCAACACAUAUGUGCCCAUACGCUCCUGUUCCCUGCUGAGUAGUUUGAUGACCAAGGCGCAAUCAAUGCAUUGACAACUCAGAUGCUGGUGGUAUCAUCUGAUGGACUGGACUGUUUUGACCAAAGGCAUGUCCAAAGUAUUGGACAGUGUGAUGUUAAUCUGACUAACCCUGACAUGGAUAAAUCCGUUAACUCUACCUGAUCCUUCUUCAUGUGUGCAGUGUAAAAACGUAAAUGUUUAACUUUCAUCUAUCGUCUUUAUUUCUUGCCUCAAAAGCUCUUCAAAAAAAUAGAAAAACGGAAUGUUGUGCGGCAGACCUGAUGAAAGGGGGCUGCGUAGAGAGCAGCUGCAGACUGAAAGGGAAGUGUGAUGGGACCACAUCUGCGUCAUUUACCAUGUUUUUUUUAAUCAUUUCACACAAUUUAAGUGCCAAUGAUUUUUUUGGAUAACCGUGUAAUGUUGUACACAAUUUCUAUGAGCUAGUCACGUAUUCAUGUAAUAUGUAUAUUUAUUUCGUUUUAAUUCCAUUUCAUGUUUAUUUGAAUAAUGACAGAAAAACACUCUCUAAUGUACGGUGCUCUGAUCAAUCAGCCGGAAAAGUACGUGAUUGGCAGAUGUCAAUCAAUGCCUUUCCACAACUUUCAAGAGAAGACGAGCCUGUGUGCGGUGUUGCGUCCCUUCCCCCUUUCCUUUCCUUCACACUGUAUAUUCCAGACUAAACCAGGAACGGAAUCAAAAUAUUUGAAAGAAUGUCCAGAGAGAUUGUCUGAUUGAUUAAUCUGUCAAUUAUUUGGGGGGGAUUAAUUGGUCAAAUAUUAAAAUAAUCUUCAGAAGCAGCUCUAAAACUGAAAAAUGUGCAGCUAAACCAUGCGCUCGGUAUCGGAAUCAGCUGAACUCGGAACACCCCUAAUAUAUAAAUACACUACCAGUCAAAAGUUUCGAGAAGCUUUCCGGUGCUCUUGAUUGAGCAAGUGUCUCCAAACCUUUGACAGGUAGUGUUUGUUCUACCUUGUCUUUAUUGACAUACUUCAUAGAUUUGAGAUCUGUUGGCCACGAGCACUGAGGUCAGGUUUCGUACCAUUUCAUGCCAUCACUAACACACUAACAAUAGGUAAAGGGGAACUUGCUGUGAAAACGCCGAGUAGCAUCUGGUGUAUAUAUUUGCAUCGACAUGUGUCUAUUUAGCCAUAUUGCAGUAUUAUAUCUUCUGGUCCUGACAAGUUCCUGUGCCUACUGGGUUUUGCAUAGAGCGCCAAAUUGAUGUCAUAACUCCUUCAUCAAGUGUAAUGUUAUGAUUGGAGAUAUAUUGUACAUUUUGUGUCAAGGCCUAUGUGUUGCUUUCUGUAUCUUGUCUUUGUCUCUUUCGGUACUGUCACGCUCCAUAUUUUGUUUGGGGAGCGGCACUUGCAGAUAAACUGCAUGAAUGAGUGUACGGUGUUUGCGCGCAAGACUCCACCCUCUUUUAAGAUUGCAGAAAGGUAAAAUGACUGGCCAUCUGCAAAUUACAUAUAUACACAUAGUUGGUAUUUACUUCACAUCUAGAGAAUGUAGUUUUUUUUUUGUACUCACAUAUGAUUUUCGUCCAUACAUUAUUCGUACCCUAAUUUGAGUAAAAGUUGUUUAUAAUUUGGAGAUUUUGUAAAUGGAAAUGACAUGUCAAGUGUAAAAAAAAAAAC